AUGGAAGAUCAAAAGAAAACAGAUGUAAUUAAAAAUAUGCGCACAGUCUUGCCUCCCCUCAACCUCAAGGCGCCAGAAGGCGCAGAACAAGCUGCACAGAAGAACGCAGCAGCCCAGACGUCUUCUCCCCCGCACAGUAAUAAUCACGGAAGAGUAGCCCCUGUUGCAGAUCCCUCGCACAUGCCGAGCAUGCCAAACAUCCCGCACCAAAACAUGAUGCACUACGGGUACAGGCCGCCCGAGAGAGAAAGAGAGCGCGAGAGACAAGAAAGAGAGAGGCAGGAAAGGCCCUCGCAGAUGCACAUGCAGCCACCAGGCGGCAGAUACAGAGUCCACUCAAACGCAGGAUACAUGCCAUACAACCCGUACGGAAAAGCUCCUUUGGGGUACCCUCCAGGGCGCCAGUCCCCGCACUCGCAGACAAGAUACUACCCGCCCUCCAGGCAGCACCCGUACAUGGGCGAAAUGCACCACUCGCGAAUACCCCCGGAGAAAAAGCCCAUUGUGCCGCAGCAGCCGAGACACGCUCCGUCAACCAUUCUCAUGCCAGAGGUGGGAGGAAGCGCCAAAGUGCAGAUAAAGGAUGCCAUGCGCUAUCUGGACAUAGUGAAAGAGGAGUACAAAAACAACAAAGAGGUGUACAACAAGUUCCUGAAGACAAUGAAAGAGUACAAAGACAGACACAUAGACGCAAAAACAGUCAUAGAAAUCAUGCUCACCCUGUUCAACGGAAACCAGAAGCUGAUCCAAGGAUUCAACCAGUUCCUGCCAAAGAAGUACGAAAUACUCCCGUCUGGCGAAGUGAAAGUGCACGAUGCAGAAAGAGAAAGAGAAAGACGCAGAGAUGUGCCAGAAGAAAGAGAAAGGGAGAGAGAAAGGGAAAGAGAGAGGCCAAAAGAAGAGUAUCCAGUGAACAAGCACCCAGCAGAGUACAGUGCAGCUAGUAAACAGCCAUACGACCCUCGGCGGGACCUAGAGGGCCUUGGCAUAGGAAUAAAAGCGCAGUCUAUGCGGAAUGACUCUGACAGCAUGGGGCGAGUGGUUAACUACCUCAACAAAGUGAGAAAGCAUCUGGAGAACACGCCUGUUGCCUGGUUUGAGUUCCUCCGCAUUGUCCAGUCGUACAAGAACAGCAGAGAACAAAAGCCCAUCUCCGAAAUACUCUCGAGCAUCAAAGUGCUCCUUAAGGAUGACCCUGUGCUUAUCUCAGAGUUUAUGGUCUUUCUUCCGUCCCCAGAGAAGAGGGGAAGGCCAGCGCAGAGACAGCAGCCAUCUGACUCCCUCACCAUGCUCCACGACAUACGCGCUAUUCUCAGCAGAAAGGGCGUGUAUAAAGACUUUGUCAAAGCACUCAAUAUGUUCAACCAGGGCCUUCUUAACACAAACUCCCUUCUCCUGGUGAUUGAGCCUUUCCUGCGCGGAGCACCUACUCUUUUCAGUCUGUUCCGCUACUACAUUGGGCACCGGGAAGUAAAUGCACCCCCGCACAUACAAAGCAGCCUGGAGACCUACAGAAAGGUGGGGUCGUACAGAGUCCUUCCCGAGAAGUACAGAAAGUCGCACCACACGGGACAGACUCCCGAAGAUGCCUCUGUUCUGAACACAGGGUACGUGGCGUGUCCUACGUUCUCCAGUGAGAGCUCUACUUUUAUCUUUGCCAAGAAGAACAGCCACGAGGAAGCCCUCUACAGGGUGGAAGACGAAAGGUACGAGUGCGAUGUUCUGCUGGAAAGGGUUUCUUCUUUCAUACUGCGCCUUAUGGAGUACGAGUCAAUUGCUGUUGACGAUGCAAACGUUUCGAAGGAGCAUGCAAAGGCUCCUCUGCCCCCUCUUAAGCUCACAGCCCUCGACAAGGAAAUUGUCUCCAUAGUCUACGGGCCCGCCAGCGAUGACAUCAUCCUGGGAAUUAUUGCACACCCCAUCCGCGCAAUACCCGUUGUCUUGAAGCAGCUGAGAUCAAUCGAAACUCAGUGGAUCAAGUCGAGAACAACCAACGCCGAGAUGUGGAGAAACACCGUGGACAGAAACUACAUUAAGUCGCUUGAUGUCAAAGGAUACAAAAUGCGCAAUAGCGAGAGAAAAACAUCGAUCAUCAAACAGUACUCUAAGGACCUUGAUGCCUCCACAGACGUGCACUUCACCAUCCCGUCUAAGUCUAUUUUUCAGGAAGUGUUUGACAUUCUCAUUACAGGAAUGGAGACAGAGGAUGAGAAAGAAGCGGAAGCGGAAAAAGAAAAGUCCAUUGGCCUGAUCUCCUCUCUGGCCACGUGCGAAGGAGUGUUCUUAGUCACGCCCGAGAUAUACUAUGUUCUCCGCGGGCUAUCCUCCAUCUGCAACCGAGUGGUAGAGGCAGUGAGCGGCAAAAGAGUAAAGCCCGCUGUGAACAAGGUGGCCAAAGAGCUGGGCAUGCAGGAAGAGACACACGACCUAACAGAGGACGAGAUAUUUUCAGCGCUGAGAGCAUAUGUGCUGGAGGAUAUGGAGGCAAGCGCCUUUGAAGAGAAGGUGCUUAGCAGUCUCGGAGUGUGCGGUACAUCGCUCGUUGGAAUACUCGGGGUCUUCCAGAGUGUCGAGUCUAUGCUGGAUACUGUGCUGGAAAACAAGGGAUCGCUGGAAAUGCUUGGCCGCCUGUCCAACAGAGAAGAGGUGCAGCGCACCAAUGCGUCAGAACUUAUCAUCAGAGGCGUGAGCAUUGUGAAGCUGAUAGUGCGGAAGGUGGACGAGUCGUAUGAAAUAGUGGCAUCUCGGCUCACGCAGGCGCAAACGACCUCUGCCAACUGGGUUAACUAUGUAAAGAACUACAGCACUGCUGAAUCGCCCUUGGCUGGAGACGACAAAAAGACGCCCUUCCUGCACAGAAACGUAGACAAAGAAAAGAAGCCCGUUGAAGCAACAUACGGAAUGGAGUCGCUCUUCGCCGAGGGAAAGUUUAAAGUGCGGCACAUCCCAGGGACCGAGGACUUUGUUUCGAGCAAGAAACAGAAGCUUGGCACUGAAAGUAAUGAGAUUGAAAAAUAA